AUAGUUUAAUGCGUCAAAUUAAAAUUGCUACCAUUUAUCAUGAGCAGAUAAGGGAAGAAACCCCCGAAUCAAAUCCAAUUUCUAGGGUUUAAAUAAAAUUUCCCUUUUCAACCUAUCUCAAAUCCUCAAUCCAAUCACACACAUAAUCUGCGAAGAGCUUUUCAAUUUCUUCCAAAAAAAGAACAAAAUGCCUCAAAGACAUUCAAAAAACAAUAACGAUUUAGCUUUCUUCACGUACGAUGAGAAGCGAAAGUUAGGGUACGGGACCCAGAGAGAAAGACUUGGCAAAGAUUCAAUCAAGCCCUUUGAUGCUUGCAGUCUCUGCUUGAAACCGUUUAUUGAUCCUAUGUCUUGCCAGAAAGGUCAUGUCUUCUGCAAAGAAUGUAUUCUCGAGUGCCUUUUAGCUCAAAAAAAGGACAUCCAGAGGAAGCUAGCUGCUCAUGAAUUGCAGAAGAAGCAAGAGAAGGAAGAAGAGGAGGAGAAGUUGAUGAUGCAAAAAGCUAGAGAGCUUGAUGCUUUUGAUCAGCAAAACCAUGGUGCAGUUCCACAAUACAGUGAUAGAAAUCAGAACCAAGACAAGCAUGGUUUCCAUGGGGCCAACAGUGUGAAGGUCACUUCCUAUGAGGAGGAAGCACUUCGAACAAUGAAAGCAUUUUGGCUGCCCUCUGCUACACCUGAAGCACCUGCUAAAGCUGAAGCCCCGACCACAUGUACAACCUGUCCAGAAGGCAAAGAAAAGCUUAAGAUGAAGAGCCUUUUCCCGGUCUAUUUCACAGAAGACAAGAAUGAAAAGAAGAAAUCCAGUUCACUUGACAAGACCUAUAUCUGUCCCAGCUGCAAGGUUACACUCACUAAUACACUAUCAUUGGUGGCACUCAGUUCAUGCGGUCAUGUCUUUUGCAAGAAGUGUGCCGACAAAUUUAUGGUUGCAGAUAAAGUUUGUCUUGUUUGCAACAAGGCAUGUAAGGAGAGGAAUUUGGUGAACUUGGAAAAAGGUGGAACAGGCUUUGCAGGCCAUGGAAAUAAUCUUGUAGCAAUGGAUUUUAAGCACCUAGGUAGUGGUUCAGGACUGGGACUUGUGAGACCAGCAACAAAGACAUAAAUUCUGAAUGAUACUAAAUAUGGUAAUUAUAUGCAGUUGUACUCAUUCCUAAAGAUUUGGAUGCUCCAGGUUCUUUGUUUAGUUUGGCAUCCGUCAGCUUAAAAGUUUGUUCCAUAUAAUCUGUUCUGUCAUGAAUUUGUUUCUUCUAAGAGGGAUACUUCCAGAAGUUGAGAAUUUGAUAUUUCAUUAGCUUAAAAGUUCUGCGGGUCUUGGUGUUCUUUGGUUUA